ACAGCUUCUCCUGACUGUUUGGUCAGAGUUUCUCGCUCCACAGGUGGAACGUGGCUUUUCUAGCAUGAAACCGGCCUGGGACAAGAGCAUUUUUAAGAAUGGGCAGAACAAACAGCUGGGGACGGUCCAUGUGGACUCGGCAGCUUCAUUCGAGCACCUCCAGAGCACCGCUUCAGGAGACAAGCUUGAUAAGAAGGUGCUUCCUGUGGGCGGAGUGGGACCCAACCUGCUGCUGAGCCCAGCCAGUCUUCAGCUGGCCCAGCUCCAGGCUCAGCUCACCCUUCAACGGCUCAAACUCGCCCAGAGCAGCAACUCCGCCGCCGCAGCCACCAUCCUCAACCAGGUCCUCUCUAAUGUGGCCAUGUCCCAGCCGCUGUUCAACCAGCUCAGAGGCUCCGGCUUUCCUUCAGCCCCCAUAAGCUUCCCUCCUCCUCCUCCUCCUCCCCCCGGCCUGGGCACCCUGGUAGGCAGCGGGUUCACCCAGAACCACUCCGCCGUCCGACUGAAUCCUUUCGGAGGAGGUGGGAACUCGGGUCAGAAUGCCAGUCCGCGCGGAGAAUGUGGAAAGAAGACCGGCGCAUUUCAGGGAGUGUUUCUAGGAGGGAGCACGCCGGGUGUGUCUCAGAGCACCCAGAACAACUACCAGCGGGACUUCUACGCCUCUGAGGGCCAGCAGGGAGUGUACGGAGACCACGGCCACAAGGAGCAGUGGAAGAACGCACAUUUUGGAAAAUUAGACUCGAACGCGGCGGCGGGGGGCAACACCUGGGUACCCACUUCAUCAGGAUUUAUCGGUCCUCGAGCAGAUAUGUACAACCCCGAGGAGCCCACAAGUGACCCUAAGUUUAGCCCUGCGGGAAGCUCUGGUUUCAGCGCGGCCGGUGCUUCUCAGGGAUUCAGCGGAUACCUGCAGCAGCAGAAGGGUAAAGAGGGAAUGGGCAUGACCUUACAAGCUCACCAGCUUAACGACUAUCACGGGGUGACGCCGUCACACCUACCCCACCAGUGCACCAUUUGUGAGAAGAAGGUUUACAACUUAAAGGACUGGGACCAGCACGUGAAGGGCAAGUUACACAUACAGAACCGCUCCCUCUACACUGACGGUCCUGCACUCGCAGCCCUGCACUUCAGCGGCCCGUCGGAGGGAAGCCUCGCCUCGAAUAACAACACCGCGGCGCACUCCGCCGCCAACGGGCAAGAUGUUUCAGCCAGAGGUGCCUCUUUUUUACCAGCCACAGCCAUGAAGUCGUUUCCUCUCUCGGGGGUGGGAUUUACCACGCAUCAACCCGGCACAAAGUUCCCACCGCGUAAGCCGUGCCCCGGACGCGUCGUCCACAUCUGCAACCUCCCGGAGGGCAGCUGCACCGAGAACGACGUGAUCAACCUGGGCCUGCCCUUCGGCAAGGUCACCAACUACAUCCUAAUGCGCUCCACACAUCAGGCCUUUCUGGAGAUGGCGUACGUGGAGGCGGCGCAGGCCAUGGUGCAGUAUUACCAGCUCCAUCCGGCUACCGUCAAUGACCAGAAACUGCUCAUACGCAUGUCCAAAAGAUACAAGGAGCUGCAGCUCAAGAAACCUGGUAAAGAUGUGGAUUCCAUCAUCCAGGACAUCAACUCUCAGAGAGAAAGAGAUGAGCUGCACGAUAUGGAGAGGUACCCGCCAGAACGGGCGCGGUCACGCAGCCCCAUCACCCGAUCUUUGACCCCUCCUUCACACAGCUCCAGCUUCACCUCCUGCAGCUCUACCCACAGUCCCCAGGGCGCGCCCUGGAACAACGGCAUGGGCCCGCGCCGAGGAUCCUGGGACUGGACGCCCCGAGACGAGUACAGGGACGAGUGGAGGAACGGCGAGGACGACCGGCCCUGCGAUCGCAGGAAGCCCUACCUCAAACCGUCCGAGGAGCGCGGCCGGGACCGUUUUUACUCCUCGCACCAUCCUGCUGACGAUUUCUACAAGAAAGAUAAACCACAUCGAACCUCCCACCCCAGACACCAGAGCAAGUUCAGGAGGAGAGACGGGAGCGGGGAGCGCCACACGAGCAGACGCUCCGAAUCCGAAAAAGCGGAGGACGGGCGAGGCAGGAGGACCAGCAGGAGGCACGAGAGGGAAGAUCGAGAGUCCAGCAAUCACAAAGAAGCUGCUGAGCGUCAAAGUAAAGACAGAUCAGCAUCACCACACAACAGCAAACCUGCAGAACCUACAGAGAGGGAACGGAACAGAGAGAGCGAGGUGGAGGACUGCGCGAGUGGAGACGAGAUAGACUCCUGGUACCCCAAAAGCAUGGAGGAACUAGUGACGGUGGACGAGGUGGGAGGAGAGGACGACUCCAUAAUCGAGCCGGACCUCCCUGAGGUUCAGGAGGAACGUGUAGAAGAAGAGGAGCCUGGAACGGAAAAAGAAAGCGCCCCGGGUGACCAGCCUGGCACCACGGAGAGCGCAGAGGAGCCGGUGCCGAACCGGGACGCAGGUCAAGAACAGGUAUCGGACCCGGACCGGCCUAAAUGUGACGAGCUAUCGCGCUCUCGGAUCUGCUUCUCUCCGAGUCAGGAAAUCAAAGGUUCACUGGAGGAGAGCAGCGAGCCACGCCCAUCCUCGACGUGCGCCACGCCCGAGAUACGAACCCCACCCCCGAGUGCGUGUGAGGUGACGCACACUGGCGGUGAGGAGCGGACGACGGCCGAGCCGGACAAGGAGACGCAGCAUGUGGAGGAGAACCAGAAUAAACACAUAGACAUGCAGAGCUCACAGACUGUAAAUUCACCACUGAGGACGGGCAUCGAGGCUCGCUCACCAUCACACGAGCAGGAAAAGAUCGUCAGUGAACAAAGCAUCCCACUGGGUGUGGAAUUCAUCGUUCCCAGCACAGGAUUCUUCUGUAAACUCUGCAGCCUUUUCUACACCAGCGAAGCGACUGCCAAAAGUGCACACUGCCGGAGCACUGUCCAUUACCGCAAUCUACAGAAGUAUCUGUCUCAGCUGGCCGAGGAUCGUCUGCUGCACUACGACUCGGACGCCGAGUGAAACGCACAGGACCCCGAGACUUCAUCUUCACCGCCGUCCGACAGUGCAGACCGUCCCUCGGUCGGACCGGAGGAGAAGGACCAGGGUGGAGAGCGAGACGCGAAGAUAGUGUGGAAGAUAAAACACUGAGCCCACUGUGAAACCUGAAGCGAAGAUGAGAACGUCAUGUGGGACGAUCUUAGAGAAACGCACACUCGCCACGUCGUUAUCGAUCCCUAAGAUUUUCCAGCAGGCAAAGCGACAAUAUCGCGCAGAUUGUAGUCACACCGCUGCUGCUUCCUUUCUGCACCGAUUACAUAAAGAGAAGAGGGACUAAACUGAUGCAGGGGGAAAAAACUAAGUGCCACGUGUUGCCUGACUCGAACGUGUAAAUAAGUGCUAACAAUAAGCUGAUCGUGCCUUAUCGGAAGCCGUCGAUGCUUCACGUGUCCCAUAUUCUUGUGCUCGUGAGUCAGGGUUGCCGGUAUUUAAACGCAUAAUGUGACGAGCUUAACGGCAGAUUUAGUGACCAGAAACACUCCACGAGAGAGUUCAGUGUGAACGAUAUUCAAAUCGAAUUCAUGUGAAGGGCACCGAGUGGGCAGAUUUAAUAUAUGCAAUAAUUCAUACUCAUUUCAUAUCUAUGGAUACAAUCUAUAGAUCCUUAUAACCUCAGGUUUCAAUUGUAGGAUGGGGUAUUAUCCGUACCUGUGUUUAACCCUAUCCAAACACAAACGGCCCCAAACCUUAGUUCUUUAAUUCUGCGUUUACUCCGGCAGUGACGAUACAAAGUGCGCUGUUGUAAAUCUUUCUCAGUCAGAGCUUAUUAGAGUUUCCUGUGUCUAACUUCCUCCUUCAUGCACCCAGAUAGAACGGCAGCGAUCGCAAAUAUUAGAUCGCUUCAUUAGCACGUCGACUGCACGGACAGUGAUGGACUACCCAGGAAUGAAUCUGUAGACGAGCGAUUGAACCUCCAGAAUUUUUAUCUUCAUAUAAGGUUAAGUAAUGUUUAGGUGGUCCGUGACCUCCAGGCGACGGUCAGCUGUAUCACACAGAAACGGCGACGUGACGAGACCGUAUGGACAGAAGUAUCGGGACGCCCCCGGUGUCCUGCAAAGAGCCCUGAUUUCAGCGUCGCUCAACAGCUGGAACAGCGACUGAGCCUUUCUUGACCAACAUCAGUUUGAAUCCAUACAAAUGCUAUCCUCUUGUGACUAAAUGGGCACAAAUUCCCAUACACAGACAUACUUCAAAGUCAUGUGAGAAGCCUUAUUAGAAGAGUGACUGUCGUUCUAGCUGAAAAGAUCACAUAGAGGUCGCUCUGUUUUAAAAUGGGAUGUCUGACAAGGUCAUGGCCAGGCAUCCAAAUACUUUUGGCCACCUAUCGUACGUGAUGUAUGACUUUCAUGUCAUGGCUAACGCUCCUACUAUCGGUAUCGAUAAAGGAAAUACCGAAAGAUGCGGAUCUCGUCUAUAGCCGAGUAUACGAGGUGUGGGGUCACGUUAAGGAGAACCGUAUGAGCUCUACAUGCUCUAAGUUGUCGUCUCGCCAAGACGUUGUGUAAUUACAGCCUUCAUCUGGAAAAGGUUUCAUGUAGGUGGAUGCGAAUGUGUAAUGGCAGGAAAACCAGUACUUUGGGAGCUUUGAGGACUCUGUGGAGGGUCCCAGGUCCCAAGUUGACCCAAAAUAGAUCUGGUGCAGGGAUGUCAGCGUGAGUGCAUUAAAAACAGUACCUAAAAAAGGAACCGGAACACACAUAUCACCGUGAGGAAUGUACAGAAUGUGAACGUGAGGGUGGCUAAUAAGUAUGACACGUUAAAAGCCACGAUGAACUCUAUCGCUGCUUUUGAACUGAACUCGACCCGAAUAGGAGAAAGUUAUUUUAAGGUGACGUGAUUCAAAUGCAGAAAGGCCGCACGGCUCGUUCUCGGGACAGAGAGAUAUCGCUCGUAUGUCGCCGUUAUCGUCGUAGAUGAGAGUUUUAUUAGAUGGAUAUUUAUGAGAAUAUUCGAUUGACCGGCUAGUCAGACGGAAUCCUUCGCUCGUGAGGAUCCACGCCGCUUUCCGUUCACACCGCGUGUCGUGUAAAUAAAGCUCGAUUACGGAGCCUUACUUGAACCGGACCAUCGUGCAUCGUUCAUAUCUGAGCUGAAUCUGUGUAAAGCGUACAGUGAAGUGUGUGUAAAUGUAGUUUACAAAGACAGAAACGUCGUCUUCCUGUUCUGUACGAUAUUAAUGCUAGUGUGUCACUUAUGAGACACUCGAUUGUUGUUGUUGAAAAAAAAAGUCAUGUUUUUGCAAAUUUUAAUAAACAUGGAUACACUAAA